AAAUUCGAAAAACUAAAAAUAAAACAGAUAAUGUGUAUGUUUCCGAGUAAAUAAUAGCAGCAUGAGUUGGAUUCGUGUCGGAUUCAGUGCUACCAAAAACAUAAUAAGUUAUACGAGUAUAUUGCCGUCAACAGGAUGUCAGGGAUGUUCCACGAGCAUAUCUCUGUACCAGUACACCCAAAUACAGUCAAGAAAUUACAGCUUUGUCAAUAAAGUGGGCAGCGAUCAGUUGUGGGGUGGAGUGACAUCUGUCAGUGCAGCAGGAAGGAAAAGGGGGCGUACGAAAUCCGUCAAAAGAAGAAUUAACCUUAAUAUAGGACAGAAGAUAGGAUAUGGCAAGAAAGGAAUGCAGCUCCCAGGAUUAAACACCUGGGUACUGACAAAAUCCAAUGAAAGAAUUAAAGCCGGUUCUCAGACAGAUGAACAGUACGAAAUAACAUUAGACUCUAUUCGAGAUUUCCGAGGUUCUACAAAGAAGUCUCGUCUUAAAAGGAAAUAUCCUAAUCCUUUGAAUAGGGGUUACAAUAGCAGCCUCUUAAAUGGAACAAGCUUGGGGAUGCCUGCUCCUGUGAGAGACGAGACCUUUGAAGGCUUUGACUCAGUAUUGAUUGAAGGAAAAAAAGUAACUAAUAUAACAGCCACUGAGGGAAAGGUGUUUGCCUCUAGAGCUCUUGUAGCUGUUGGGAAUGGAAAUGGGCUUGCAGGUUUUGCUGUUGCUAAAGCAAAACAUCCAGAGGUAGCAGCAAUCAAGGCCAGGGACAAAGCGGGUCAACGUCUGAUGUUUGUCGAGAGGUACAAGGGACACACCAUUCAUCACAACACACAUGCUGAGGUCCACUGUACAAAGCUUUUUGCCAAAAGGACAUAUGAUGGACAUGGAGUGGUGGCUCACAAGGUCAUCAAGGAUCUGUGCCGACUGUCCGGGAUCAAGGACAUCUAUAUAAAGCUGGAGGGCAACACAAAGAACAGGAUCACAAUGACCACGGCAUUCUUUAAUGCUAUGACACACCAGGAAACACACCAAGAACUGGCCAACAGAACUAAUAUGCACGUAGUGGAAUUUUCUGAGGAACGAAAUAAUGUUCCAGUGGUGUUGGCUUCUCCAGAGGAUGGGAAAGUACAGGAGAAGUACUAUGGAAGUGAGAGAGAUGUGUAUGAUUUAGACACUCUGUACACUAAGGGCAAACUCCACUGGACGAGGCCUCAAAUGAGGCCAGUUUGGGAGAGACUGAGGUUUACCUCGUAUCAGAGGAGGAUGGCCAAGGAGUUCAGGAGGCGGGGUCAGCACGAGGCACAGAAAGUGAGGAGAUUGUGUGGACUGGAACCCUCCAAGGAAGAAAGAAUGAGGCGAGAUGAAGUUCCCAAAAAGGAGGAGUGAAGUGCAGUUUAUUUGUAAAUGUCCUGUAUUCAAUAAAUUUAGACGUAACAAUCAAAUGUA